CUGUCCUGUGAAUCGCUGGCCCGAGGUGCAUCCAUCGAUCUACCGCAACCGUGAAGAUGGCGGCCCGGACCAUGCAAGCGGCGCGAUGCCCGACGGAUGAGCUGUCGCUGACUAAUUGCGCCGUGGUGAGCGAGAAGGAUCUGCAGUCGGGACAACACGUGACUGUGAAGACAACACCCACCCACAAGUUUGUGUUUACAGUCAAGACCCACCACACUGUGGCACCUGGAACUAUCGCCUUCAGCCUGCCGCAGAGGAAAUGGGCCGGUCUCUCCAUUGGCCAGGAGGUGGAAGUGUCCAACUACAACUUUGACAAGUCCAAGCAGUGCAUCGGCACCAUGACGAUCGAAAUUGACUUCCUGCAAAAGAAGAGUACCGACUCCUCUCCCUAUGACUCAGACAAGAUGGCCGCCGAAUUCAUCCAGCAGUUCAACAACCAGGCCUUCUCUGUCACCCAGCAGCUCGUGUUCAGUUUCUGCGACAAGCUGUUUGGCUUGGUGGUGAAGGACAUCGAGGCUAUGGAUGCCAGCAUCCUCAAAGGAGAGCCGGCCUCUGGAAAGAAACAGCAGAAGAUCGACAUCGGGCUGAUGGUGGGCAACAGCCAGGUGGUUUUUGAGAAGGCAGAGAAUUCUUCCCUCACACUAGUUGGUAAGGCAAAGACCAAGGAGGCACGACAGACAAUCAUCAACCCAGACUGGAACUUCGAGAAGAUGGGCAUUGGAGGUCUGGACAAGGAAUUCUCUGACAUUUUCCGCAGAGCCUUUGCUUCCCGAGUCUUCCCUCCAGACAUUGUGGAGCAGAUGGGGUGUAAGCACGUGAAGGGCAUCUUGCUGUUUGGCCCUCCAGGCUGUGGUAAAACACUGAUGGCCAGGCAGAUUGGCAAGAUGCUCAACGCCCGUGAGCCGAAGGUCGUCAAUGGCCCAGAGAUCCUCAACAAGUACGUGGGAGAGUCUGAGGCCAACAUCCGCAAACUGUUCGCCGAGGCAGAGGAGGAGCAGAAGAGACUGGGAGCCAACAGCGGCCUCCAUAUCAUCAUCUUUGAUGAGCUGGAUGCCAUCUGCAAGCAGAGAGGCACGGGUGCCAGCAGCACGGGCGUGCAUGACACUGUGGUCAACCAGCUUCUGUCUAAGAUUGACGGUGUGGAGCAGCUCAACAACAUCCUGGUCAUCGGUAUGACCAACAGACCUGACCUGAUAGACGAUGCCCUGAUGAGGCCUGGCAGGUUUGAGGUCAAGAUGGAAAUUAGUCUGCCUGAUGAGAAGGGCCGUGUCCAGAUCUUGACUAUCCACACCAACAAGAUGCGAAACUUCAAUCUGCUCGCCCCUGACGUCGACAUCAAGGAGUUGGCAGCUGAUACCAAGAAUUACAGUGGUGCAGAGCUGGAGGGGCUUGUCAGGGCUGCUCAGUCCACUGCCAUGAACCGACAUAUCAAGGCUACAUCUACAGUUGAGGUGGACAUGGAGAGGGCAGAGAAGCUGCAGGUCACCAGAGCCGACUUCAUGGGAUCCCUCAACAAUGACAUAAAACCUGCAUUUGGUACAAACCAGGAGGAUUACUCCAGCUACAUCAUGAACGGCAUCAUCAAAUGGGGUGACCCGGUCACCCAUGUUCUGGAUGAUGGAGAGCUGCUGGUACAGCAGACCAAGAACAGUGAUCGCACGCCACUGGUGGCCGUGUUAGUGGAGGGUCCGCCCCACAGUGGAAAGACGGCCUUGGCAGCUAAGAUUGCGGAGGACUCGCAGUUCCCCUUCAUUAAGAUCUGCUCUCCAGACAAGAUGAUUGGACACUCAGAGAUCUCCAAGUGCCAGGCGAUCAAAAAGGUGUUUGAUGAUGCUUACAAGUCCCAGCUCAGCUGUGUGGUGGUGGAUGAUAUUGAGCGUCUGCUGGACUACGUCCCUAUUGGUCCUCGUUUCUCCAACUUGGUCCUUCAGGCUCUGCUGGUGCUGCUGAAGAAAGCUCCACCCAAGGGUCGGAAGCUGCUCAUCAUUGGCACCACCAGCCGGAAGGAUGUGCUGCAGGAGAUGGAGAUGUUGGACGCCUUCAGCACCACCAUCCACAUUCCCAACAUCUCUACCGGGGAGCAGCUGGUCGACGCCUUAGAGCUGCUGGGGAGCUUCACAGAUAAAGAGCGGGCCAGCAUCGCACAGCAGCUCAAAGGAAAGCGAGUCUGGAUCGGCAUCAAGAAGCUCCUCGUGCUCAUUGAGAUGUCUCUGCAGAUGGACUCCAAUUACAGAGUGACCAAGUUCCUGUCUCUGCUCAGAGACGAGGGGGCGUUGAAUGAAGGAGAUCAAAUCAGAAUUUAAGGUUUCCAUCGCUCUCACUGUGCACUGUGACCGCAGCUUCUAUGAGUAGAGGGGCUAGAAGCAUGAAGCAAGCAUCUUGCCAGCAACAAGCCACCCAUGGGACAAAAUGAGGAAGAGGAGAAGAGGAAGAACAGAUCUUCCUCCUGUCUGUUUAACCACUGAUCCAUCCGUCUAUCUAUCUAAAUACACACCUGGUCUAAGAGAGGAACACACGAGUCCUCUUUAUCUCAGCAUGUUUCCAUAGGCAGUAUCACUGCAUUACCUUCCUCCUUCUCAUCUUCAUCGUCAACUAUUGACACAUUACAGCAAACAACCGGAAGACAUACUGUUACAGAUCUUUUAUGUGUAAAGAAAUUGCAAUGGAUGAUUGUAAAAAGUGCUGUUUUGUGCAUCAUGCUUAAAAUAACAAAAAAAAAAAAUCCAUGUAUGUUUUUAGCUAUAGUAUUUGAUGUAUUUGUUGCAUAUCUCUUGUCCAGCUAAAGGUAGUUAUUAUUAUGUAUUAUAUGUAUCCUCAUAAACACAAGCAGUAUAAACAGAAUACAUCUAAAAGUGACACACAUCCAGAAGCCAUUUGAAUAUUAAGAAUCUAUGAGAGGCUUUUAGUGAAUAUGUGAUGGGUGUGAGAAAAAAGAAGCCGUUCCAUGUGUAAAGGUAAUCCCUUUAAAUAUACAGUAUGUUCAUGUUCUGUAAAUUGUAUAUAUAGACAAAAUGAAGUAUAUCAUGAAAAUAAUUUAAAUGAUCCGUCUCAAGUCUAUUUGGUACUUUAUCAGUAUGAUCCUUCUUCCCUACUGCUCUGGAGAUGUUGACUUUACCAGGAUACUGUAAUAGUGAAAGUAAAUGUUGGGUUGUUGGCCUGUCUGUCUGUGUUGCGUACAGUACAGUUCAGUCUAGCUAGAGUAGCCAUGGCAUCAUCAGUGUUAAAAGUUAAAAAGAAAAAAAAAUCUGCACUGUUAACAUCGACUUGAAGAACCUUUAGUGCUUAUCUCAGCGGUUCUUCGUGGGAACUCGAGCUUGUGUCCGCUCGUGUGCAUGUGUCGGGAGCUAAAUGCUGCAUGUAUGUGAGCGUGUGUGCGUGCGUGU